AAUGACAAAUCGAAAGAAACUUUGAAAAAGAAAAGGGAACCAAUGGAGAAAUUCUGCAACUAUUUCAACAAACAUUAAACUACACAAACAACAUCAUAGUAUACUACUAUAAUGUCGUAUCCAUGGUUACAUUUUUUUCUUUAAAUAUAAUUUCCCCUCUUCGCUGGCUUCUUGUUAUUCGGAUAUACCAAUGCUUUUUUGCUCCACCAUUUCCCUUUUUCCUCUGGAUUUCCACUGUUUUUAUUUUGUGUCUGAUUCGUUGAUUGUAUCCCCGUAAACCAUGUAUAUAUACGAAAUCACAGAAUUGAAGUUUAGGGUCUGAAGAGGAAAUGGUACUAGUUACUUUUACAUGGCGCUAUGGUGGUACUCAAGUUUUUCUUUGCGGUUCCUUUAAUGGCUGGAGUGAGCAGAUACUGAUGAAUUUGGUGGAGGGUUCGGCCGUCGUUUUUCAGAGGAAUGUUGAUCUUCCACCAGGAUAUCAUAAGUACAAAUUCUUGGUUGAUGGCAUCUGGCAAGUCGACCAGGAAAAGCUUUGUGUUCAGGAUGAGUAUGGUGCAAUCAACAACUUAGUAUUUGUGAAGGACACGGAUUCCACGCCUUCUGCCUCACCGAGAGAGGAUGCUCAGUCGAUGAUGGUCUCGGGUUUUGCUAGAAAUAUGCAUUUAGAGGCUUCAUCAUCACGCGGACUACAGCUUAAACCAGUCAUGCAGUUGUCAAACAAUGAAAUAAAUGUUUCCCGCCAUCGUCUAUUCAUAUUCUUGUCAUCUUUCCAAGCAUAUGAGCUGAUUCCAAGUUCAGGAAAGGUCUUUGCAUUAGAUACUGAAGUGGCUGUGAAACAGGCUUUUUAUAUCAUGAAUGAACAGGGACUUGCAGUGAUGCCUCUUUGGGAUGAGCGGAAUGCGAUGAUCUCGGGAAUGCUUACUGCUUCUGAUUUCAUUUUGAUCUUGUUGAAGCUCCAUGAAGGUCAUUCAAUGCUGACCAACGAUGAUCUUGAAAUGCACACGGUUUCAGCUUGGAAAUACAGAAAAUUCCAACUGCAUGCAGAAGUGUCAGGGGCUAUGAUACCUCCAAACAGAACGGUGUUACUGCAAGCUGGUCCUGAUGAGUCACUGAAAGACGUGGCGCUAACAUUAUUACAAAAUAAGAUAUCUGCAGUUCCAGUUUUACAUUCAGCAGAAGACGGGUCAUGUUCGCAGUUGUUGCAUACUGCAUGCCUUGCUGGAAUAUUAAACCACACGUGCAGGCAUUUUAGACACUCUCUAGACUAUCUGCCUCUUCUACAACAACCAGUGGGUAAUCUUCCAUUAGGCACCUGGGCGAGAGAAGUUGGUGGAAGGGCAAGCAGCCGUGUAUUAUUGACAUUACACAGCAGAGAUCUCCUUGGUUCUGCUCUUAAAUUAUUAAUAGAAGGUGAAAUAAGCUCAAUACCCAUCAUUGAUGAUAAUGGAGCGCUUAUAAAUGUGUACUCUCGGAGUGAUAUAACCUCUUUGGCAAGAGGCAAUUUGUAUGCACGCUUUCGGCUUGACCAGAUGAUAAUGACUCAAGCCCUGGAGGUCCUAGAUGAAGCAUCCCGUGAUCGUUGUAGGACAUGCACACGUUCUGAUUCACUGUAUAAGAUAAUGGAGCUCCUUUCAGAUCCAAUUGUGCGCCGGGUUGUGAUCAUUGAUCCCACUAGCCGGCAUGUAGAAGGCAUAAUCACUUUGAGAGAUGUGUUUAAUCUUAUUUUAGGCUGAAAUUUCUCUUGUACAAUUUCACAGGUGGGAGCAAACUAGUACGAUGACUUGGUAAUGGCAGCUCAAUUGCUCAAAGAGAAAAGCUGUCACUAUGUCAUUUGGCUGAGUGGAAGAGCAGUGUAAAAUUGUUACACAACAAACGAAGUUCGUGUUGUCUAGGAAAAAAAAGAAUACAGAAAACCUGGACUGCGAUGUAACUCAAGAAUUUCUUCUUAUUAUAGUUGAACCAGUACAUUAGCAGAUACGCUUCAACAACGUGUUGGAUUCUGGUA